CAGACAAUGGCAAGAACCAAGCAGACCGCUCGUAAAUCCACCGGAGGCAAAGCCCCCAGGAAGCAGCUGGCCACCAAGGCUGCCCGCAAGAGCGCCCCGGCUACCGGCGGCGUCAAGAAGCCCCACCGUUACAGGCCCGGUACCGUGGCUCUCAGAGAGAUCCGUCGCUACCAGAAAUCCACCGAGCUGCUCAUCCGCAAGCUGCCCUUCCAGCGCCUGGUCCGAGAGAUCGCUCAGGACUUCAAGACCGACCUGCGCUUCCAGAGCUCGGCGGUCAUGGCUCUGCAGGAGGCCAGCGAGGCCUACCUGGUCGGUCUCUUCGAGGACACCAACCUGUGCGCCAUCCACGCCAAGAGGGUCACCAUCAUGCCCAAAGACAUCCAGCUGGCCCGCAGAAUCCGUGGAGAGAGAGCUUAA